AUGUCGUCAACUACAUUUGGAAUUGAUUUGGGAUCUACAAACUCUGUCGCAGCAAUAUGGAAGAAUGGAGAUAUCGAAGUUUUAGCUUAUAAAACAGGUUCUCGUGUUUUUCCUUCUUGUGUUGCCUAUAAUAAAAGGAAUCCUACCUAUAGUAUUAUAGGGUAUUUUGCUAAGCAAAAAAUGCAAACCACAAGCUAUGGUGUUUUCCACCACGUCAGAGAUCUUCUCGGAGUUUCUUAUGACAAUCCCAUCGUUGCAGAAAUGCGUGGAUCUGUGGGAUAUGAUAUACGAAAUGGUGCUGAUGGAAAACUUGUCGUUGCUAUUCAAACUGAAGCUGGAGAUGUAGUAAAACACCCUGAAGAUGUUGAAGCUAUGAUACUUUCAGCUAUCGCCGAAGAGAUGAAAGGUGUUGCUGGAUUUGAUAUACGAAAUGCUGUAAUAACUGUUCCUACAUAUUUCGAUCAAUAUAAACGAGAUUUGACAAAAUUGGCAGGUCAAAUCGCAGGAUUGAAUGUUCGUGCUAUUAUUUCCGAACCUCAAGCUGCUGCUUAUGCUUAUCUUGAUUUUACUAAUGAAGAUCGAGAUUUGACUUUAAUGAUUUAUGAUUUGGGUGGUAGAACAUUUGAUGUAACAAUAUUGGCAUAUGAAGGAGAUGAAUACACAGAACUAGCUACUGAUGGUGAUAUAUUUUGUGGUGGUCAUGAUUUUGACAAAUUGAUAUUGGAUGAAAUGAAGAAGAGAUACAUGGAUGAAACUGGGGAACCAAUUCCUGCGAAGUUAAUAGCCAAAGUUCUCUCAAAAUGUGAGCAAGCCAAAAUUGAUUUACUAACCUAUCCUCACACUGAAAUAGAUAUUACAGAUGAUGUGAUUAUUGUUUUUACUCGAGCCGAAAUGAAUCGAUUAAUCGGACCUAAACUUGCAGACACUUUGAAGAUUUGCGAUCGAGCAAUUGCAGCAGCUAAAAUCACUGUUUCAGAUAUUGACAGUAUCAUUCUUGUUGGUGGUUCAACUCGACUACGAUUGGUGGAAGAAUUACUUAAAGGUCAUUUCCCUAAAAUUCCUAUAAAAGGAAACAUCAGUCCUGAUUUAUGUGUGGCCUAUGGUGCAGCUAAAUAUGGACAUAAUCUCGAUAUUCACCCUGUUUCUGAUCCUAUUCCUCCUUCACCCCUUGUUUCGGGGUCUGUUGAAGAGUAUCUUAAAAUGUUUGAAUCAAGAUAUCCCGAUCUGCCUCCAUUUGAUGAAUAUGAGAUUGAUGAAUUAUCUCUAUAUAAUCAACUAAUUCUCAGUGAUGAAAAUGGUAGAAUGCAGAAAAUGAAUCUUUGCAAAAUGGACAUUGGUAUUUCCAUUGGAGGGCGAAUGGAAGUUCUCAUUCCACGAAACACUGUUCUUCCUGUAUCCAAGAAAAAGAUGAUUUGUCUGAAAGAUAUUUACCAAUCAGAAAUAAACAUUUCAAUUUAUCAAGGGAUUGAUUCAAUAGCUAAGAACAAUGAUGAAUUAAAAAGACUUGAAGUGAAAUUGGGCCAUUACAAUUGUUCGAUUAUAUGUUUAGUUCUUGAUAUGAAUAGGGAAGGAGUUUUGUCAGAAAGGGUCAUAGACUGUGAAACUGGACAUGAUAUGGAAUGUAAAAGUAUUCUUUUAUUGUCGGCAGAUGGAACAAUAAAAGGGAGUCAAAAUGGAGUGGAUCAACAAAAAAGAAGAGCUCGAAAUAGCGUACGUGCAUUGGAUAUUAUUCGUAAUCGAUUACAAAAGUGGGGAUUCUCGUUAAUAGAAGAGGGGGCCAGUGAAGAAGACCAAAAGAUAAUUUAUAGUAAUUACAGUCGCUUACAGAAUGAACCAUUAUCGGUAAACUUGAUAACCGAAAUCUAUACUAUAUUCACUCAUAUUCGUUGGAAAAUUCAAAAUAAAAAGUAA